CUGCACAGAAUGAAUAUAAGCAAUUUCGGGACAAGGCAGCCUUCUCCAGAUCAAUGCCUGUGGAAAAGAUGGAAGAGUUUGCACAAGGAAGGGUUUGGACGGGUAAGGAUGCAGCUUCCAGAGGCUUGAUUGAUGCUAUUGGUGGACUUUCUCGAGCUAUAGCUAUAGCAAAACUGAAGGCUAAUAUACCUCAAGACAGACGGGUUACUGUAGUGGAGCUUUCAAGACCCUCCCCUAGUCUUCCAGAGAUCUUAAGUGGCAUAGGGAAUACUCUUGUUGGAGUUGACAGAACACUGAAAGUACUGCUGGAAGAAUUGACAUUUUCUGAUGGAGUUCAAGCCCGGAUGGAUGGAAUUAUUUUUCAAAGACUGGAGGGAUAUGCUUAUGCCAAUCCCAUCUUCACUUUGCUCAAGGAUUACCUGAGUUCCCUCUAAACUCAUGUCAUCUUCUUCUGCCUCAAAAUCUAUUUAAAGUUAUGAUGAUUUUGGCGCGGAGAGGAUCGUUUACAUGGUCUGGAAAUAUGAAGGUGAAAUGAAAGUAAACAUGGUAAGAUUUAUUUUUCUUUCCUUUCGUUUCC